AUGAACUAAGAUAAUUUUGAGGUAUUAUUAGUGAUGAAUUUAAGAUUAAAGUAGAAGUUAGUGAUCCUAGAAUUUAAUAAGGGCUUAAUAAAUAUACAAUUUAUUCUGUUAGAGGAAUGGAUUAGAAUGGGCAAUUUGAUGUUGCUCGUAGAUUUAAUGAUUUUCGACUUAUUCGUUAAUUAUUAGUUCAUAAAUGGCCUGGCUGUUACAUUCCUCCAUUACCUCCUAGAAAAGCAUUAGUAGAUAUUUAUAUCAAAUAAUUACUUUAGGGAAAUAUGAAUCAAAAAUUUAUUGAUGAUAGAAUGCAUUCAUUAUAAGAUUGGAUGAGAACAAUAUCAUAACUCAGAUAUUUCUGGUAUUCUGAAGAGUUUCAAUACUUUAUUAAAGCCAAUGGAGAUAUAGAAAAAGUAUUUUUUAUCAUUAAAAGUGGAGGCAUUGGCCUAAGUUCCUAAACUUACUUAUGAAGAGAUUAUUAAUAAAUAUUAGGAUACAUUUACUGAACUUUCAGGAGUAAAAAAAAUAUAAUAUUUUAAUAUAGAGAGAAAUCAAUCGUGAUAUAAUAUAAAAAAUUUCUGAUUUCCAUGAAUUCUUGAAGAAAGUAAUGCCUAUGAUGGAGAAUUUUAAAUAAAUUGCAAAGUAUAGUUAAUCUUAAAAUUAGAAAUAUCUAAUUGGCAAGAGAAACUUAUCAAAAAUAGUUGGUUCAUUUUUUAUAAGUAUUAUUACCAGAAUAUGAAUAACAUGUUCUUCUUGAAUUUAUGGAGAGUCCUGAUAAAUUAGUUAUUCAAACUCUUAAAAAUGAUGAAUAUCCAGCAUAAAUCUUAAAUAAUUAUCUCACUUUACUUAAUUAAGAUGAAUUCUUACUUUUGUUUUAAGAAAUCAGAAAAGAAUCCAAAUAAUUAAGAGCCUUUCUUGAAACUAUGACAUAAAGGGAAAAAUACGAAUAAUAAAAGCUAUUUUUUGAAUAAAAACAAAAAGAGUUGCAACUUGAAUUGUAAGAAAUCUUAGCUGGAAAAUAAUCAAUAAUGAAAAUAUUUUCAACAUCUAAAAAAGAGGAUAAAAUAGCUAAAUUACAAAUCGAAAUUGAUUCUACAGCCAAAGACAUUGAGAAUAUGUAAUUUAUAUGUGAUAUCCUUACAGUUUUAUUAGGAUAUAUCGAAAUUGAUAAAUUUAAAGUAAUCCUUAAAUAUAUAAAUAGUUAGAAAAAUAAACUAAUUAUUACAAAUUAGCAAAAAAUUUAAUUCAAUAUGAAAUACAUUUAACAUAAGCAUCAGAAGAGUUUUGGGAAAGAAUUGAACAAAAUUAUAAUUUAUUAUGA